GAAUAUUUUAUUUCUUUAAUUUUCUUUUCUUCAAAUCCAAACAGCUGGAGACCGGAGAAGACUUCAAAGCAUUCUUCGUUACACUGCUUGAUACCAUUUCAAACAUUUUUCCAAACCACAACAAUCAUCACUCAUGUUUGCCAAGAAACUGUUGCAAAAAGCUACAAAGCUUCACAAUCUUCAUCAUCAUCAUCAGAAUUUAAGGGGGAGCCUCACACAAGAAGAUUUGGAUUUUCAAAUAGCUGUACAUUAUGGUAUCCCAUCUACUGCAUCAGUUCUUGCCUUUGAUCCCAUUCAGAGGUUAUUAGCUAUUGGGACAUUAGAUGGCAGAAUAAAAGUGAUUGGUGGGGAUAACAUUGAAGGACUUCUAAUUUCUCCAAAGCAAUUACCUUUCAAGUAUUUGGAGUUUCUAUCCAACAAAGGGUUUUUAAUCAGCAUAUCCAAUGACAAUGACAUACAGGUGUGGAAUUUGGAAGAUAGAUCUGUAGCCUCUAGUUUGCAAUGGAGCUCCAACAUUACAAGUUUUUCUCUGAUACAUGGCUCCUUCUUCAUGUAUGUUGGAGAUGAGCAUGGGUUAAUGUCUGUUUUGAAGUAUGAGGAAGAUGCAGAGCUUUUGAUGCUACCAUAUCAUAUUUCAGCCAAAUCUCUUACUGAAGCAGCUGGAUCAUCAUUUCCAGAUCAUUGGACUGUUGUUGGAGUUCUUCAUCAACCAUGUUCUUCUGGAAAUAGGGUUUUAAUCGCAUACGAAAGUGGAUUAAUCAUUCUUUGGGAUGUCUUUGAAGCUCAAGUGGUUGUAGUUAGAGGUGAUAAUGUUCUUGAACUAAAGAAUGGAGUUGUUGACUCUCCUAAUCAUAGUCAACCUGAACACAAUUUGGAGGAGAAAGAGAUAACUGCUCUUUGUUGGGCUUCUUCUAAUGGCAGCAUUCUUGCUGUUGGAUACAUAGAUGGAGAUAUCAUGUUUUGGAAAACAUCAACUACUACUUCAAGUAAAACCCGAAAAUCUGGAGCAUCAAACAAUAAUGUUGUAAGGGUACAAUUGUCAUCUGCAGAAAGAAAAUUACCUGUAAUUGUCUUGCACUGGUCAGCCAACAGUAAAUCCCAAAAUGACUCUGAUGGUCAACUCUUUGUUUAUGGAGGCGAUGAAAUAGGGUCUGAUGAAGUAUUAACUGUUUUGAGUCUUGAAUGGAGCCCUGGGAUGGAAACCCUAAGAUGUGUAGCUCGUGCUGAGCUUACUCUUACUGGAUCAUUUGCUGAUAUGAGUUUGUUACCAAAUCCUAUAAACAACCUUGGAACUGAUUUAUUAGUACUCACAAACCCUGGGCAUCUUCAAUUCUUCAGUCAUGAGAGUUUGACUGCGUUGACUUCUGAACAUGAUAAGAGAAUUACUCUGAAUUCUAUCGAGUGUCCUGUACUCAUACCUACACUUGAUCCUAUCCUUACUGCAGCAAACCUCACUUCACUAGUUGCCACUGAAAACACUUCAAAGUUCCUUUUGGAGAUAGCUACAAAUAUGAAAGUUAACUCAACAUCAAAAUUUAUGGGUGGAAGUGGAAAUUGGCCUGUGUCUGGAGGCAUUGUACAACAGUUGUCUUCUCCUGAAGGUUAUGUGAUACAGAGAAUUUACAUAACUGGAUACAUGGAUGGAUCUGUUAAAAUAUGGGAUGCCACGUCAUCAGUCUUAUCAAUGCUGUGUGUUAUAAGGGAGAUGAAAGAUGUGGAAGUGAAAGUGAAAGGGUCAACUGCUCCAGUUUCAGAAUUAAACUUUUGCUCAUUGACUUCAGGUUUAGCAGUUGGAAAUCAACUUGGUUUCAUCCGUGUAUAUAACCUCAAUUCCAGUUCAAAAGAUACAACCCUACACAUUAUCACAGCAAUAAAACAAGAAGUUCACAAACAAGCUGAAAAUGGUGGGCCCAAGUGUAGUGCAUGUUUUCACCUUCUUGAUUCCCCUGUUCAAGCACUUCAAUAUAUGGACCAUGGAGCUAAGCUAGCAGUUGCACAUGAAUGUGGUCGUGUUGCAGUGCUUGAUGUGAAAUUAUUCUCGGUUUUGUUCCUGAGUGACUCUUUACCUAACCCUAGAAGUCCAGUGAUUUCAAUGAUGUGGAAAUCAUUUUUGCAUAAUGAUGGAUAUGUUAAGAGCCCAAAAGAUUUGGGAUCAAAGGAUCUUAACAAAAACAAAACUGUAGAGAGUUUGAUGUUCAUAUUCACCAAGGAUGCAAAGUUGUAUUUAUUUGGUUGUGAUGAUUAUCGCAUGAUCAACUCUAAACCAAUGCAACUGAAAAAGGAAACAACUGCUAUUUCAAUGCAUGUUAUAGAGGGGAGUACUUCCAUGGUUGAAUCAGUUGACCAAAAGGAGUCAAAGCAGUUGACCAAAGAUGUUUUAUCCAGAAAUGAACCACAUAGUCCAGUUGACCAAAAGGAGUCAAAACAGUUGGAUUCACUUGUUUUACUUUGUUUAAAAGAUGCACUACGAUUAUAUCGUUUAAAAUCUGUGAUUCAGGGGAACGAACAAACUUUGUGCAAAGUAAAACUUGCAAAGCCUUGUUGUUGGAGUACAACUUUUAAAAAAGAUGAAAAAACUUGUGGAUUGGUGUUACUCUAUCAAUCUGGAGAAUUAGAAAUCAGAUCAUUGCCAGAUCUAGAAGUGAUGAAAGUAACCUCAUUGAUGUCAAUAUUAAGGUGGAGUUUCAAACCAAACAUGGAAAGGACUAUGAGUUGUACAGAAACAGGGCAGAUUUCCAUGAUAAAUGGAUCUGAAGUGGCGUUUAUUUCUCUACUAAAUGGUGGUGAUGAUUUCAGGGUUUUGGAAUCUUUGCCUUCUCUUCAUGAUAAAGUGCUUGCAGCUGCAAUAGAGGCUGUGAUUAGCAGUUCUCAAAAACAAAGGAAAAAGCAGGGUACCCCUGGAGCAAUUGUGAAUAUUCUGAAAGGAUUUAAAGGAGGAAAAGCAAAAAAUGGCAUCAACUUUCCUGCAGAUUUUUUAUCGAGUUUUAGUAAUUUGGAUAAAAUCUUUUCAAAGAAUCCAUUUCCAGAUCCAGUUGAAAGCAUUACUGAUGAUCAGGAAGAUGUGGAGCUUGAUAUAGAUGACAUUGAAAUUGAUGAAGAACCUGUAUCCAUGCCUAUGCCUACUACUUCAUCGCAUUCAAAACAAAAUGAGGAAACUGGAAAGAAAAGUGACAGGGAAAGAUUAUUUGAUGGUGACAAUUCUGAUGCCACACCCCGACUUAGGACACGUGAAGAGAUCAUUGCUACAUAUAGAAAGGCUGGGGAUGCUUCCUCAGUGGCUUCACAAGCAAGAAACAAGCUUUUAGAACGCCAGGAGAAGCUUGAGAGAAUCAGCAGAAGGGCCCAAGAUCUAAACAAUGAAGCCGAAGACUUUGCAUCCUUAGCAAAUGAGCUUGUAAAGGCUAUGGAACGCAGAAAAUGGUGGCAAAUAUGAUCAUUUUUGCCAAUAUAUCAUAUUUCAUUCAAAACAUAUCAAAAACUACAGACAUUUUGGCUAAAUUUAGAUCGAUCUGUUUUUUAAUACAUGCCAACCAUAAAACUUGAAUACUUGAUAUGAAGAGACAAAGGAGUUGUAGUCUGUUGUAGAAGUAGGCACUUCUGUAAUAUGUCAGCAUAUUAGAUAAUUAUAUGAAUUCAAAUCCUAAGAGGUAACAAUAUGAAUGUUGUAGAA